CAUUUCCAGAGUUUAAAGACGGAGAGAAGGACAGAUUUCCACCCCUGGAACAAACGUAAUUCAUUGCUCAACGGAUCCAGCACUGACUCCCGACGCCGUGGGAAGCCAGCACCGAAGUCUGUGCACAGCCCUCUUAGACGAGGCCGAAAGACCUGGAACGCUAAAAUUCGGGUCCAGGCCGGUGUUUUUAGUCUGGUACACGGCGGUGGGAUUCAGUCUGGCGAUCCGAACCACCAGUGAGACAUCUGAGGGUUGAAGCCAGGUGAUUGGAUCCUUGUCCGAGUACUCCAAAGGAAAAAUUGGAGCUCGCCCCGCUGGGAAGGUCCCUACCAAGUGCUCAUCACCACUCCAACUGCCUGCAAAAUAGCAGAGAGACCCUCCUGGAUACAUCAGAGCCACUGCAAGAAGGUUGAGGUCCCAGGAAACCCCGGCACCCCCAAGACAGCACAUUAGGGAAAUCUCGCCCACACUUGGUUGCUUCAGUGGUGAGGGGGGAGUGCUGAUUGGGCCCCCGUCGGGUAAGCUCGCACUUCAACCUCCAGCCUCUGAUCAACUCUAGGGCAACCAAGUGCGAGGUGUGACGUACCUGUGUGCAACCAUGGGAAUGUGGACCCUCUUGGUUACCUUGACUACGACGCUCACCCUUACAGGACCCCAGCUGACGCCAACAACAGCUGAACCACAAGGCAGACAGAGAAGAUGGACGCACGACAACUCUCACCUAAGAGAUAUGACGCAAGACCACAUACACCCUUGGAUGAACAAUGCCUGGUACCGCUACAUCCACGACAGGACCAGAGCAGAAUCGGAAAAUACAGACUGUUAUGUCUGCUCUUAUAUGCCCAGCACAUCAACACAUCCCACUUUUUAUGGAAACUACAUGAAUAAAACACAAGCCAAGUGCGCUGCCAGCUUUGCGGGCAUUGGCUAUCAACAUAAGAAAAUCAUCAUUGAUGAGACAAGCUCUAUCAUCUAUUCGCUUAACCUUCUUAGUAUCUUUCAGGGACCACCCCGACACGAGGUAAUCAUCGUCGAAAACGCUGGACUUGACAACGGAACGUGUGACCGGCUCUUCUGGAUCAACUUCAACGUGACGAAUCGGAACACGUCCAUUCACUUCCCAGUGUUCUUGGACCAAACCCCAGGGAAGAACCACUCCAUGUGCUACCGACAAGACAACGGUAACAGACCCCUAGGCAACACCACCAACUGUAACCACACUGCAGCCAACGGAGAGGGCGCACCUGUAAACACGUCCGCGCCCAGCAACGGCACCUACUGGGUGCAGGGAAUGGCCUGGCUGUGUGGACAACGUGCCUACUUCAUACUGCCACCCGGAUGGACGGGCACCUGUGCCCCAAUCUUCAUCUCAGACCACACCUUCAGGAUGUCAGCUGUAAAUGACUCUCAGACUACAAGACGACGACGAGACGUCUCCACACUACAACCACAUGACCCCAUCUAUGGCAGUGAUGUGCCAGAGGAAUUUAAGCUUUGGACCACCGGACAAAAGGUCCUCCACUCACUGUUUCCAUGGGUGGGCACCGGAAAGAACAUGUUAAGAAUUGAAACUUUGGACUACCGCUUUGGACUGUUCCUGAAUGCCUCGUGCAAAAUCAACAAUCAACAAAAUGAAGAGAUUGAUGCCCUGCGCAUAACUGUGAUGCAACACCAAGUCGCACUGGACAUGAUUCUGGCUGAAAAAGGAGGACUUUGAGUCCUCUUCAACAACACCUGCUGCACUUACAUACCAGACAAUGUACACUCAUCAAACAUGACUGAUGCCCUGAACGCCUUGAGACAGAUCCAGCAGGCCCAAAGUCAGGACUAUGUGAGUAAUACAAGUGACUGGUUUUCUUGGUUUUACACUGGCUCCUGGCUACAGGUGCUAAAGAGACUACUCAUCGGAGUUGGAGUAUUUUUACUUUUAUUUUGUGUUUUUGUAACAUGUAUCCUGCCAUGUCCAAAACUCAUGAUUGACCGCAUAAUCGUUUCCACUGUAGCUGCAUACAUAGCUGUGACAAAUGAUGAUGAUCCCGACCUGUUGAAAUGUGAAGACUUUGUGUGAUUAAUGAUGAUGUGACAGAAAAUGUACAACAAGAUGUUACAUACUGAUAUCUCACUUAAAGGUUAUACUGACAACAGGAGGGAAUGUCAAUAGAAAAUUGUAUUUUUUAGUCAGUAUAAGCUUUUAAUGAUAUAAGUUUGCUUGUGAUAGAAUGCUGCAUGAUGAUCUUUUCCUUGCUUAGAACUGAUUGUUCUUUUCAUUGUUCAGGACUGAUUCUUCUUCAUAACACGUGUUCUGAUAUUUGUAUCUGAGUCUUCUCACAGCGAUAGUAAGAAGACAAACAAGCAGUUCUGACCUCGAACACACACACACACACACACACACACACACACGCACACACACACACACACACACACAACACACACACACACAGACACACUCACACACACACAAUCACAUACGCAUAUGCUCACGUCAAAUGUAUUCAUUUUUCUUGUGUAUAAAUAAAGACAAGUGCAAGAGCAGAGCGCGCAUCGCAGGGCCCCCACUCUGAUGUGAGCGUUCUGUGAUCGCCCUUGUAUACA